AUGGCUCAAACUGUUACUAUCACUAAUACAAUUACACCCGCCUCUAUCUCUUCUGCUGUUCAAUUACAAUUGAAUGCUAGUCUCAUCCACCACUCAUUAUCUAAUGUUGUUAAGACCAAUGACUGGUCAGAUUUCAAGUUUAGUCCAAUUAGAGAAUCUACUGUUUCUCGUGCUAUGACUUCUCGCUAUUUUAAAGACUUAGAUAAAUUUGCUGUUUCAGAUGUUGUUAUUAUUGGAGCUGGCUCUUCUGGUUUGCCCGCUGCAUAUGUAAUUGCUAAGAACAGACCUGACUUAAAUAUUGCCAUUAUUGAAAGCAAUGUGGCACCUGGUGGUAGGGCGUGGUUAAAUGGUCAAUUAUUCUCCGCUAUGAUCAUGAGAAAACCAGCCCACUUAUUUUUGGAUGAUUUGGCUAUUCCAUACGAAGAUGAAGGUAAUUAUGUCGUUGUUAAACAUGCAGCAUUGUUUACUUCUACUGUUCUUUCUAAGGUCCUUCAAUUUCCAAAUGUUAAAUUAUUCAAUGCUACAGCUGUAGAAAAUUUAGUGACUAAACCAGUUGAUGACAAUAGUACAGUUGCUGCCGCUGGUGUGGUUACAAAUUGGACCUUAGUAUCAAUGGCUCAUGAUUUACAAUCAUGUAUGGACCCAAAUGUCAUUGAAUUGUCUGGUUACAAGGAAGAUGGCACUCGUGAUCCAUCCAAGAAACAUGGUGUCAUUCUCUCUACAACUGGACACGAUGGUCCAUUUGGUGCUUUUACAGCAAAGAAGAUUGUGAGUAUUGACAAAAACCAGAAGCUUAGAGGUAUGAAAGGUUUAGAUAUAAAUCAUGCCAAGGCAGCAGUUGUUAAAAAAUCAGGUAAAUAUCAAAGUGUUAGUAACGUUUACUUUGCUGGGAUGGAAUCUGCCACUUUAUAUGGUUUAAAUAGAAUGGGCCCAACCUUUGGUGCUAUGGCUAUCUCUGGUAUUAAAGCAGCUGAAGAAAUUUUAAAGCACUUCGCUGAAUAA